AUGGGGGACGGCGGUGUGGGAGAACCAGGACCCAUGCUGCGACUCGUUCCUGGCGCUCUCCGAGGAGAUGAGAGGGAGAUCUACGCCCUGGAUCUGCCCCCCUCUCUUAAUGGACUCAUUGAGCUAGCGUUACGGGUGGAUGCCCGCCUCACUUGGAUGGAGAGGAGGGGGCUGUUCAACACCCCAUCCAGGGGCCCGGCGGACGGGCGAUUCAGCGGCGGAGAUGUGGUCAGUCCCACCUACGAUCACGAGCCCAUGCAGGGGUCCGACUGGUUGGAGGUUCUCGCUGCUCUGGGAGAUCAUGUGAAUGUGAGGUUGGUUGGUGGUCACAGUCGCUGUGCUGGUAGAGUGGAGGUUCUUCACCGAGGUCAGUGGGGAACAGUGUGUGAUGAUAGCUGGGAUAUGGCUGAUGCUGCAGUGGUGUGUAGAGAGCUGGACUGUGGAGAACCUGUAGAUGCUCUGAGCGAUGCUCAUUUUGGACCAGGAUCAGGGCCGAUCUGGAUGAGUUUUGUCUUGUGUUUGGGGUCAGAGUCCACACUUAAGAACUGUGGGUCAAGAGGAUGGGGUAAACAUAUCUGUGAUCAUAGUGAAGAUGCUGCAGUCAUCUGCUCAGAUCAUAUGAAUGUGAGGUUGGUUGGUGGUCACAGUAGCUGUGCUGGUCGAGUGGAGGUUCUUCAUAGAGGUCAGUGGGGAACAGUGUGUGAUGAUAGCUGGGAUAUGGCUGAUGCUGCAGUGGUGUGUAGAGAGCUGGACUGUGGAGAACCUGUUGAUGCUCUGAGUGAUGCUCAUUUUGGACAAGGAUCAGGACCAAUCUGGAUGAGUUAUGUCAUGUGUACUGGAUCAGAAUCUACACUGAAGAACUGUGGGUCAAGAGGAUGGGGUAAACAUAACUGUGAUCAUAGUGAAGAUGCUGGAAUCAUCUGCUCAGGUAAACAACUUCAAACAGGUCCUCAGUGUCAGAUGUCCGGCUGGUUGGAGGUUCACACUGCUCUGGGAGAUUUCAACACUGUUAGGUUGGUUGGAGGUAACAGUCCCUGCAGUGGUAGAGUGGAGGUUCAUCAUGAUGGUCAGUGGGGAACAGUGUGUGAUGAUGACUGGGAUCUGACUGAUGCUGAAGUGGUGUGUAGAGAGGUGGGAUGUGGAGAGGCUUUAAAUGCAGUGUAUGGGGCUUACUUUGGACAAGGAUCAGGACCAAUCUGGAUGGAUGAAAUGCUGGUGGGUUCUGGGGGAGACUGUGCAGGGAGGCUGGAGGUUUUUCACAAUGGCUCAUGGGGGACAGUGUGUGAUGACUCCUGGGAUAUUAAAGAUGCUCAUGUGGUUUGCAGACAGCUGCAGUGUGGAGUGGCCCUCAGUAACCAGCCGGUACCAGCCUGGUUUGGACCUGGUUCUGGACCCAUAUGGCUGGAUGAGGUGGAGUGUGAGGGGAAUGAGACGUCCCUGUGGAGCUGCUCUUCUCCAGGCUGGGGAAAACAUGACUGUCAACACAAGGAGGAUGUAGGAGUCGUGUGCUCAGAGUUUAAAGAGAUCAGGUUAACUGAGGGCUGUGAAGGGAAUGUGGAGGUUUUCUACAAUGGAUCCUGGGGUAAUGUGUGCUGGAACCAGAUGGACGGAGACACAGUGAGUCUGAUCUGUCAAGAGUUGAACUGUGGAAGAUCUGGUGUUUUGUCUGAUUCAACAGCAAGAGUAAAAUCAGCUCCUAACUGGCUGGAUAAAAUGUCCGGCUGGUUGGAGGUUCUCGCUGCUCUGGGAGGUCAGUUUCUGUUGGAAGAGACUCGUCUGGGAGAGGCAGCAGUGAUGGCUCAGAAAGCUGCAGAGCUGGACAGUUCUGAGUUUGAUGUGGUUUUUAGCGCUGCUCGCAUGCUCAGACAGGCCAGUCUGAAUGAGGCAGCUGAAAGGUUUUAUGGGAAGGCAGCAGAUUUAAGACCUGAUCAUCCAGCAGCUCUAAUGAAUCUCGGGGUGAUCCUUCAUCUUAAUGGGAAGCUGAAGGAAGCUUAG